AUUCAUAAUUGUCAUUUUGAAUACUGCAAUAAGAACAGAAUAAGUGAACAAAACUGAGCAACUAAAACUUUCAACAGAAUAAUUUUUACCAGUAAGCCAUGGAGGGCGACAAGUACAAUUCUUCUGCAUUCUCAGUACCGGGUAUGAUACAGGAUCUGACUUUGUUGAGCACUCCACUGCCACAGGCCACGUCAACAGCAACCAAAAAAUCCUCUACCGUGUAUGGUGAACCCUUGAUGGAAAAACAUGAGGAAGCUAACUACGAUUCAUUGAGAGACAUAAACCUAGACUGCAGUUUGCUUCCACCACAGCCUGAUGCGACUACAAACAGCAUUAGAAAUAACAACCAGCAAGCUCAUAUGUUGGACAGUACUUUCCAAAAAAUGAACCAAUUACAAGAGCAAUUUUCCAAAGAAAUGGCAGACUUUGUAGCAGCUCAGAAGUUAAAUACAUUGAAAAACCUUCCCGUAUCUUCGUAUAACAAGAAUUAUGAUAAUCAACCUGGACAGUUUGACAUAAAUCAUCAAAAUAAGGCUUUAAAUGAUGGUGCUUUUAGUGCUCCGUCCAGUUCUACAGUAGCAAAUGCUCCAGAUGACCAAAAUAAUGGUUAUGCCAAUGGCAACGGAAAAAGUGAAUAUGUUACUAAAGACUUUCAGUUCCUGGUACCAUCACUCCCUUUAAAAACGUCUAGCAGAAAUAACUUGGACAAAAAAUUGAAGAGGGAUUCUGUGGGAAUGAGUACAAAUAUACCAAAAUAUAAAGACAUGGGUGGAAUGAUACCCACCUCCGGAGGUCAUAAGACGGAUGCUUCAAGCUCAAAAAUGGAUUAUUUGUCUGACUUGCCUGAAAAGCUGUCCGAGAUUUCAAAGGGAUAUGGAAGGCCGGAUGUUGAAAGUGACAGAAUCAGUGUGUCCAGUUCAAAUUCAUCUCUUGGGAUAUUGCCACCUGACGCCUUAGAAGGGAUGGAUGACAACCCUCUCACUGAUAUCAGCUUCCAGGACAAGUUGGAUCUCAGUCAGCGAUUGGCUGAACAACUCAAUCUGGACACCAGCAACAUAAAGGGGAUGAGCCUAGAUAUCAGUCAGCUGGCAGGUGCCAGCCUGAGGCAAGCUCUCUCUGGACGAGGAGUAGAAGACAAGGAGAAUCGAAGGGUGAGCAGCUUGUCUGCCCAAGGUUACUCAUCUGACAGCUCUUCGGAUCAGAGCCACAACAACACGGCCCGGGAGUUUACCCGUCUCUCCAGUGGAUCGGAAGUUCCAGACAAAGAAAACUUUUCGUUUACGAAGAAAUUACCUUUAAGCGAAAGAAAUUCUUUGUCCUCAAGAGACUCUUUUACCUCCAAACUAACAAAGAGUUCCAGGUUGAGUGUAUCCUCUACCUCUAAUCCGUGGGGUGACAUGAGCAAGGUGAGCAUAGCAAGUGAUAUGUUUGACACGGAGGAGGAUGCGGAGACCAGACUGCGCAAGGACGAGGCUGCAUGGCGUGGAGAGUUGGGACGUGACAGUAUCCGCUCUCUAUCAGGCAUCUAUGGUGAUGGUGAUAUCUCCAUAAGAACUCAGGGAGAGAAAUUGUCCAUCAGCAGUUUUCUGCGGAGUGGGAGUGGGCCACUCGGCUGUUUGGAGAAGGCUGAAGAUGCGCAACGUCCCACCUUCGGUUUGCCAGUGGUCAGUCCCCAGAAGAAGCCUAAGGCCCGUCCAAUCCUGCCUCCUCCAGAAGACAAGCUGACUUUUUGUGUGGAUCAAGUUCCAACCAAGGACACAACAGUAGAAGUGGAGAAAGAUCCGUGGAAUGUGGAGUCACUGGUGGAACAGUUCUCUAUGGUACAUGGAGACAGGGAGAGUGAUGUGUCUGUACCCAGUCUGUCAUGUAUUGGCGAACUGCUAUCGGAGAUGAAAGAAGGACUCACUCCGAAGGACAUCAUGGACAGACUUAUGAAUGCUUCAAAAAAGGUAUCAAGCAAAACCAGGAACAACAAAAGUCAAUUGUUAACAAGUUCAGUUAUUAACCUGGAUAGUACUUCACUGUCUCAUUGCGGUGAUCACCAGAAGUUGAAAACUAUUCCCUCAUUCGUUGAUGGAGAGAAAAGUUUCUGCCGAGGGUAUGAGUCGGACCGCAGCACUCGCUACAGUUCCAGCUUCUGUUCCCGUCUGUCCCUGGAUGAGGGUCCCCCGGCCAUGGCUCUCCGUAAUGGACCUGUCCCCAAUGUAGAAACCAUCACUAUAAAUGACAGUGUUGACCCAUCAGUCUGCAACAUUACUGACUUCGGUGGUGAAGAAGAAGAAGCAUAUGUUUGUGUGCUGACACCUGAAUCUAUGGACUUUGACAUUUUCAAUGACUUCAACAGGGAACAGCAUUAUACCAUCAAUAAGGCCUGCUAUGUGGAUGGCCAGAGGCGGGACGCUGCUGCCCUGAUACACAUACCUGUCAGUAGGAUGACAUUACAACCAGGGGAGAAGAGGGUUGUCUCUGUAACAGUUGCAGCUCUGAUCGGAGAAACGAUUAAGAUCAAGGUGGAAGUGACGAGAUUUGAUCCGGUGACUCAGGAGAGGGAGGUUAACAAUGUGUUUGGCAAAAUUGUGGCAGAGAUUCCUAAGAUCUCUUUGUUGCACCCUCUGUCUGUGGACAUGAAACCAGUGGCGGAUGAGAGGCUUAAGUACCAAGGAAUGAUGGUGUUACGGAACAAUGGACGUUCUGUUGUACCGGUCAAAUUGUCUCUAGUCCAGUUAAGUCACCUGGAAGUGGACAUGUUCUUCUUGGACCGUGAGAAAACCACAAGUGUGACAUACAGACUGGAGCCUGGUCAGACACUUAAGCAGGUGAUCAACUGUCUGACACCUCCUAUCUUCGAGUGUUCCAGAACCACAGGCCAGACAUUGGUGAAUGCGCAGGUGCAGGUAACACUGGCAACAUCUGCACAAGUUCAGCUACCGCCAAUAACUGCCACCACUUUCACCGCAAGGCUCUCCCCAAACUUCUUCUGUGUUCCUGCCAGUCUCACAAUGACCGCGGACAGUCCACUCCCUUGCCAGGUGUACAACAGUGGAACUCAGGUGUACAGUUUCCAAGCUACUGCGACCUCUGGCUUCACUGUACAACCAUGUAUAUUUACUGCACAGCCACAACAAACUGUCACCCUCAUGAUUACCUUCCUGGGUAGAACCUUCAAAAAAGGAAUUUUGACACUUAAUGCAAGUGAACUGCAGUCUAAAUCUUCAGGGAAGUUUUACACAAUACAGCUGCAGGGGACUGGUAGUUGCAGUACUUCAAGCAGUGUGUCAGGAACACCCCAGAACUCACGGCCUACGUCACCGAUUUCUCCUUGCAACUCCAUUGCAGAAGGAGGACUACAGCUAGCCUGCACACACAAACAGCUAGUGUGGGGUGGCUGUCACUUACAGCAGAGAGUGGUCAAGUCUUGCUCCCUCAAGAACCUCAACUCUCAACGUGAGAAGUUGAGGCUCAGCCUCAGCGAUCCUCACAAUUGCUUUAAGAUAUUGACAGAGAAGAAGACUGUGGAGUGCGAGAUGCUGGUGAGUCUGCAGCCCAUGGAGAACUGUCAGGUUUCUGUGGUGAUGCUGGCCGCCAAUCCAGGACCCAAGUGGGGACACCUCACCAUCUCCAGGUUCAACCAACCCCAGGACAAGAAAGUGUUGCUGCUAUACGGGUUUGGUGGCAAGGCCCAUGUCAACAUAGAGGGCGUGAUGACCGACCCUGAGCAACACAUGUGGCUGUACUUGGACCCUGACACUCUCUGUAGCACCUUUGUUCUCACCAACACGGGCGAUUAUACUGCUUUCUUCAAGAUUUCUGAAGGCAUGACAGCCACCACUGUUGGAGGCGGACUCUCAGUGUCUCCUCCUGAGCAGAUCCUAGAGUCUGGACAUUCUGUGUCUGUGGACAUCAACCUCUCUGUCACUCCUGAUCGCCUAGAGUAUUUGCUUGCCAAGUCAUCGCAGAAGGCAAUCUGUAUCACCAGACUGACAGUGACCAGUGGAGAUGAGAGCACACGCCAACGUCUUGGUAGACUGAGCAGGGUCCAGCCGAAGUUGGCAGAGAAACUGUCUCAGCUCAACCAGUUGUCGUCCACGUCUAUCCCUGACCUCGACCAGCUGGGAGAUCCCUAUGCUUGUGCAGAGAGUCUCUGGCUGGAAGAUAUCUGUGAGUGGACUAUUGGUGUACUGGUCGAGCGUUCAGCUCUCGAAGCACUGCGGCUAGACACCUCCAUCAAGUUUGUGGACUUGGCAACCACUGUGCUCCAUGGAUGGAGUUGAGCCUCAUGUAUGUCAACAGUAAACAAUUAACAAGAGAGAGAUGAGAAAAUAUUAUAACAAAUCACCAUAAAUCCUUAUUAACUACAGUACUUAAUAUGUUCAUAUGUGUUCCUGUUUUAGCAGAUUUAAUGUAUCAUUAAUUUGAUUUUUCUCUUAUAUAUGUAUUUCUUCUUUGUAUAAUGUGAAGUAUGUAUUUAUUUAUUAAUUUAUUAUUGGGUAUAAAAUACCUUUUUAAUGCUGUUAAUGUUAAUUGUUACUUAUUUUACUUCAAUUUAUUAUAAGUCAUCUUUUUAAUAGCACGUGUCUUAUAUAAUUUUUAUUCUAUUAUUCUUGUAAGGUGCCAAAUUUAAUUUGAUUUUAUACUUUGGUAGUCAUAAUAUCAGUAACUGAGUAAAAAUUCAAAAUUUAGUCUAUUCUAUUUUAAGUUUACAAAAUAAAUGUAUUAUCAAUCUUAAAUUAUAAAUUUGUAUUAUAUUUAGCACAUGCUAUUUAGGUGUUGACUAAACUCUGCACUCAAACACUUCAAAUAUGUUGUGACUUCUGUUUUAUAAUGUAUGACAAAAAUAGAAAAAUAAUUAUUCACAUUCUUAUGUCUAUAGUGAUUUGAAAUAAAAUAGGUAGUAGAUAAUCAUGUCAAUUAUAUUAUAAAUAAGGUUUAAAAUUUUUAUAACCUGUACGGACAUUAUUUACUAACAUGUAACAUCAUAAUUUUAUAUUAACUUGUUAAGGGUACUCACUAAUACAAUUUCCUAUAAGUUAUUUUUUUUUACUUUUAAGAAUGCUUUAACAUUUGUAUAAUUUUUGUAAAUUUUGUUAUAUUGAUAAUAAAAAAAUGAUGUUUAAUCAUGUA